GCAGUCCAAGCCAGUUCUUCCUUGCCAACAAAAUCGCUGCCAGAAUGAUAUCAAAAUAGUUAGUUGAAAGUAUAAAAAUAAAAUUUAAAAUGUGUUGUGAGAGUGAAUUUGAAGCUACAGCGCUACAGCUUAAACUUACAUCGUUAGAAACUACAGCAAAUACCAAGUUUCUUCCGCAGAUGACAAAAAGAUGAAAAUCAAACACUGAGUUCCCAGUUGUACCAAACGUCUCCAAGAAAGAAAAGAAAAAUUUUCGUUCCAACGUACGAGCAUUAUCACUGGUGCCUUCACCUAGAGCAAUCGAACCAGUAUGAAAAGAGUUCAUAUAAUAUGCAGAAAAAUUCAACGUCAUACCACGACGGUCAAGAUGAAGUUCACCCUCCUUCAUGCUCCAUUCAUCCGAGCCACCAGCACCUGAUACAACUCAACUUUGUGCCAUCAUUUAUUGUUUUAGGCAAAGAAAGCUUCAUCCUUACAAUACAAUUGAUGUGUCAUUUUUUUCUAUGCUUCGUCGUCAGUUGUACUACCACCAGAGUAAAUCUGGUUUACUCUAAUCAAGAACAGGCUACCAAUGUCGUCGCUCACCAUGCUGACGACAAUAAACAAUCACAAUGUUUCAAGAGAUUAUUAAUCAAAACUUACCUCCUUCCUCAAAACAUAGCGCUGAAAAUUUCAUCUAUCUUCACAUUUGUGAUUACAAUAUUUCACUCAUCACGAGCCUAUGAAAGCCGUCGUACUGUCUCAACUCAACCUUUUAAAUUCUUCACGAUUGAAUCAAAUGUAAAAACAAAACCAGAUGAAUUUAAUACAGCCGUUAGACAAGGUGACGAAAUAUCAGAGGAAUCGGAAAUUAAGGUAGCUUUACAAUCAGAAGUUGUAGUACAAGGAAGAAAGAGUUGUAUAGUUCUGAGGAUAUAUUCGAGAACUACUCAAUGUAAUUAUGAAUGUGUACAGUACGAAAAAUCAUUUUCUACAUACUAUAAUAUUGAACGUAAUGAGCUAAUCAUUUAUAUGCAACACAAACGUAUUGUGGAUGGAAUUGAUUACAUGCAUAAGAAAUUUACAAUAAAUAUUUACAACAAAUCAAUUUGGACCUGCAACGUCUUCAAUACUGUUGGUAGGACUAACAAUAUGAUUUACAAAGCAACCGAUCACGAUAGGUGGCAUAUAAUAUGGUCGUGUCAAUAUUCGGAUGACCAUAACUGCAAAAUCCUAUUCUCACUGAAUAUCAGAUGUACAACGCGAACGACGGAAAGUAACUAUUUGUACCGUACAAUAUCAAAUACUCGAUCUCAUAGGAAAGAAGCUGAUUCAAAAUUAAUACUUGAAACGACCACUACGAUAUGUUCUAUGACGACAUGGAUGUUCACACUAAUGAAAAAAUGGAAGUACAUGCAGUUCAAGCUGCAAAUGCUACUCAUUUUGACACUGUGCGUUCCGUUUGUAUCAGCAGCAUACCAAAACAAUAAAUACAGUACCAACAUCAUUAAAACAAAGUACGGACCUUUGCGAGGUAUCGUAGUGCAUUCGAACCCAAUUGUGGAAGCAUUUCUUGGAGUACCAUAUGCAUCGCCACCAGUCGGGAGUUUACGGUACAUGCCACCAGUAACCCCAUCUACGUGGAAAGCUACAAAGCUGGCCGAUAACUUUUCGCCAGUCUGUCCACAAGCGCUUCCAAAAUUACACGGUUCUGAUGGCCUAUUUGAACACACUCGCGGGCGUUUGGCUCAUCUAAGGCGCCUCCUUCCACUACUGUCUAACCAAUCCGAAGAUUGUCUGUACCUCAAUCUGUAUGUACCAAGAUCUGGUGAUUCUGUAGAACCUGACGGAACGAGUAAAGCAACAAUAGUGUACAUACACGGCGAAUCAUACGAAUGGAACUCAGGGAAUCCAUACGAUGGUUCCAUAUUGGCAUCUACUGGGAAUGUGAUCCUUGUUACGAUUAAUUUUAGGCUAGGCGUAUUAGGUUUUCUAAAAACAGGAGCAAAGGGAAGUGCUCAAGGAAAUUUUGGACUGAUGGAUUUGGUUGCAGCGCUGCAUUGGCUAAGAGAAAAUCUCGCAACCUUUCAUGGAGAUCCCUCACGAAUAACGCUGAUGGGUCAUGGAACAGGAGCGGCAUUGGCGAACAUUUUAGUAGUUUCCCCUGUAGCUAGCGAUUUAAUUCAUCGAGUAAUUCUAUUAAGCGGAUCAGCUCUAUCCCCUUGGGCAAUUCAAAGAGAUCCGUUGUCAAUAAAACAAGUGGUUGCCAAUCAAACUGGCUGCAAGAUAGAUUUGUUGAUAGACGAUUUAGCACCCUGCUUGAGAACCAAAUCUGUUAACGAACUUUUACGAAUUACUCCUCCUAACCCAAGAUUUCUACCCGGAUAUGCACCAUUUGUGGACGGAACGGUUAUAAUCAACCCUAGAACAGUCAACAUUCUCGUUUACUCCUAUAGCCUCGAUUAAUCGAUCUCAUCCACAAAUGGCAUCGAAUUUGCAAAUUUUCCAAAAGCUGAACUGCUAUUCGGAUUGACAUCUUAUGAAUCGUACAACGACCUAAGCGCCCAAGAUCUGGAGUUUGGCUUUAACGAAACCCGUAGAGACCGAAUACUACGAACAUACGUACGAAAUGUGUUUCACUUUCAUUUGAAAGAAAUUUAUUCAACAUUAAGGAACGAGUAUACGGACUGGGAGCACCCACCACGAAACUUACUGGGGCAUCGUGACACAAUCCUGGAAUUACUUAGCGAUGGCCAUACAGCAGCACCAUUAGUUCGCUUAGGUUACUUACAUAGCCUUCAGGAGGGAAAAUCUUAUUUUCUACAUUUUAGACACCAAUCUGAUGAACGCGAUUUUCCUCAGCGUGGAGGUUCUGUUCGUGGCGAAGAUGUGCCUUUCACUUUUGGACUACCACUAUCGCCACUAUUUCCAUCAAACUACUCACUUGAGGACAAACAAAUAAGUCGAAUUUUAAUGCAGUAUUUGACGAAUUUCGCAAAAACAGGCAUGCCCAACGGACUAAGGACGCUGAAUGUGAGAGCCAUACCAACAGAUAAUCGUGAAAGUACUCGACACCUAUAUAUUGGCAAAGAUAGGCGUCGCUACAAACGAUCAAAUUUUAAGUUUGCCUUUAAGAAAACUCAAUUGUCGCCUCUGAUAAUGAACAAUAGGCUUUUGAGAAGUCUUUAUCGGAGUAGCAACAACAUCAGUUAUUUCGAUAAUGAUAGCAACGAAGAAUACAACGGCAAUAAGGAUCACAGCUGGGAUGACACAUUCGGACCAUUGGCUGACGAACCCGAUAUGGUUGACGCUAUGAACGAUAGUCCAAGCAACGAUGGACGAGAAUCUUACGAUGAUAAUGAUAGUAGUGAUGGUAACGAUAGCUUCGACGAUAUGGCUAAAGAAUCAAUUAUAAAACUAGAGAAUUGGGAUAUGUAUGAUUCCAUCAAUCAGGUUUACUUGGAGCUAGGAUGCAGCGUAACUUCUCGAAGUCACUAUCGCGGGCAUAAGCUAUCCAUGUGGUUAAGUCUCAUUCCACAGUUACAUUCCUUUGACGAUGCUGCUUAUCUGCCUAUGCGGCAUCACCAUUUUACCGAUGAUAAGCCCGAGUAUUAUGAUGGAAGGUUGAAAGAACCACCAAAUGUGACCCUACCGAGGCUGAUAACAAUCGCUAAAACCACUAUUAAGCCACAUAAGACUGAAACAAACGUUGUGCCAUUUGCACAUACAGUACCAACAGAAUGCCCACCAAAUAUGACAGUAAUGCCACCAAUUGCUGCGACGUAUCCUCAGCGGAACCAGAUGACUACUGUAGAUAACAGCAAAGAAAUAAUCAAUCAAUUGGCAAACUCACAAUACCAGAACUAUUCAACAGCAUUCAAUAUUACAAUUGCUGUUGGUUGUAUUCUGCUGCUGUUAAAUGUAAUAAUUUUUUCAGCGAUAUACUACCAGAGAGAAAAACAUGCCAAUCUUAACAAGCAAAAAGAAAAUACAGUCUUAGAAAGCAUAAACGAUGAACUAUCUCCCACAGAUGAUAGACUUGAGCAACAAAAGGUUCUCAGAAAUACAGAAAAUGUUGUUGUAAGCCCUAAAUCUAACUUGAAACUCCAAAGCGUAUCUGGAGUGGCAUCUUUCAAUGAAUACGGCUGCUAUGAGAAAGCCGCUGACAUGAAGAAAAAAUGCAUAAUCGUGGAUGUGUGUAGCUCGGAUCUUCCGUUAAAAGAGUACCCUUAUACGUCUCCGAGAGGAUCUACAACGGGCAGUAUUCGGCGAUCCGUAACACCAGAAACCUAUAAAAGUUUAUCACACGAAAAUCUUUCAGCGGUACCACAAGUGUAUUCAUCACAACCUUCAUCAAUGUCUGAUUCAUCUUCCAUCACCGUUAACACGUGUCAUCAAGUACGCCAAAAUGCUUCAACUACUACUGGUAGUCAAUGUACCCAAUCUGAGCAAACGUAUUUACCAGAAACACAAGAAAUAGGCACCACAGUCAACGAAAUUGAUCUAGAAUAUAGCUCUAUGAUGAUGGAAUCGUCACAAGCUAGCCGAUCUACAGGAUUUCAUGGAGGUAUUCUACGACAGCAGACCGGUUCCGUACUUCAUGGGACUGCCAAAAAACGUGUUCAAAUACAGGAAAUAUCUGUAUAACGUACAAAGCAGAUCGUUCUUCCGAAAAUCACAAUACUCAAUAAUUCGAUUUCACGCCAGCUACUCAAGCAGCGUUCAUGUGUUGAAUACAAUAAUCUUUUGGUAAAUGUACAUAAUUGUAAUUAUAAUUAUUAUUUUUUAGAUUUUUUAGGUACCAGUCGUAAGAAAUCACCAAAAUAAAUAAAUAUUUGUGAAUAGAAAAAUAAAUUUCA